GAUUGGAGUUGGAGUUGAAUUUAAUAUGCUUGAAUUUGAAUCAUCGACACAUUCGUGGUCUUAUAAAAGGGAAAUCAUGCCAAUGCUCAGUACACUUGCAACCAGAAAUCCUUUGCUGUCACGCCUUAUUCCAUAUUUACAUAGUCUUCUAAGAGUACCCGUUUAGAUAAAUUUUGAGUACUUUUCAAGGUCUGCGCACAAUUCCUCCGGAUUUUCAUUUUCAAAACAUCUCACAACCGCAUAAUCAGCCAAAAUCGUAUUAAAUCCCUACAAUGCAUUCCAAAAUUGUCAUCUUUCUUGUUUUACUUGGGAUUGGUUUAAAUGUGAGCGCAUAUCCAAAUUUCCAAGCUAAUGAGGAUGGGACCAUAUCAGGAUUCUUAGAAGCAGAAGAUUAUGAUAACCUUGAAGAUUCUUUGGGCCAAUACCAAAAACGAUUUUGGUCACCACACCCAAGUGACUACAACCCUCUAAGACGGCCUGUUCCUGCUCCCCGUGGGUCAAAACGAGACGACGGGGUAGUGUAUCACCCAAUACCCAGAAUAGUCACAAUUAAACAGCAACGAUCCAACGGCCAUGUUGACGAAUAUCCAGAAAAUGUUGAAAUUUUUGAAGGAGGACGCCAGAAGAAGCAAACUCGUCCCACAACUUUGAUCUUCAGAUUAGGGUCUUGGGGACUUCGGGGUGGGCGGAAGCCCGACAAGAAUACCGUUGGAGGCACGCAAUCUCCGAGUACUUGAACAAAUUCCACGAGUUAAAUUAUUAUACAAAAAAUAUUGUACAACAGGAUUGUAUCACAAUUACUGCUUCUUUUCUGAGACAGUGAGUCAUAACUAAUUCCAAAUAUUACGCAUGUACAUGUGAAAAACCAUGUCUACGCAAGAAGUAAUUUCCUUCAAUUUGGAGACUUUAAAAUAUAUUAUUAACGCUAGUGUACGCUUUCUCUGCUUGAUCCUAUUCUGUGGUGGCGGUGGUGUUUCGAUAUUCGACCUACUUCGCACGAUACCACAGUCACAAUAAAAUUUUAAAGCAAGGUCGGAACCUAAAUUGAUAUUGUUCUUCUAUAUUCCACAUCCAACCUCUUCGCUUAUCAAAUAAUACUCAUGUUCAUACUCUCAACUACAUGAAAGAAAAAUAAAACUUUCAGAAGAUUAGUAAACUUUUAUCCAAUUUGGACUUCCAUGUAUCUCUUGACGUGAGGCCGAUAAAAAUAAAAGGAGCAACGCAUGUAAAAUA